AUGAGUAAUGGAGGAAACAGUGAGGCAAUGAGUAAUGGAGAAAACAGUAAGACAAUGAGUAAUGAAGAAAACAGUGAGGCAAUUAGUAAUAGAGAAAAAAGUGAGGCAAUAACUAAUGGAGAAAAUAGUGAGACAAUGCGUAAUGGAGAAAAAAGUGAGGCAAUGAGUAAUGGAGAAAAUAGUGAGGCAAUGAGUAAUGGAGAAAACAGUAAGACAAUGAGUAAUAGAGAAAAUAGUGGGGCAGUGAGUAAUGGAGAAAAGACAAUGAGUAAUGGAGAAAAUAGUAAGGCAAUGAGUUAUAGAGAAAACAGUGAGGCAAUGAGUAAUGGAGAAAAUAGUUAG